UUUCAAUUUUUUCAACUCUCCUCCCUCCCUCUCUUUAGAAAAACAAAACAAAAAAAAACCCCACCCUGCUGCUAGCCAGCUCCCUCACUCACUCCCACCUCUAGCUUUCUUCCGGUCGCCGGCCGGUCGGUCAGUCUCCUCGCCCGACAAUCUCCAUUCACAUGCACUAUGGAUUGCUACGAAGCUACUAAGACAGUCUUCUCAAGAGUCCAAGGUUUGGACCCAGAGAAUGCUUCCAAAAUCAUGGGCUACCUCCUGCUGCAGGAUCAAGGAGACCGAGAAAUGAUUCGAUUGGCCUUCGGACCUGAAUCUUGCCUCCACAAUCUCAUCCUCCAAGCCAAAACCCACUUGCGUCUGCCGAUUUCCCCAUCGUCUUCGUCUUCGAAUUCGACGAUUUCGUUCUCCUCUGUUUCCAAUUCCAACACUCCUUCGACGCCGUCCACUCCUUCCUCGCCGUCCCCUUUCCUCAGCUCGAGACCCAGCGCGCUGAGAAUCUCCGGUUGUGGGGCGGCGUUUGACCACGGGUCGUCUCCCUCUGCUGCUGCUUCCAGCCCUUCGCUUUCCUACGCCAAUGUCGUCAAUGGAGGAAGUAACGGUAAUGGGAACGGGAACAGCUGUCUUGGUGGUAAUAAUGGCGGCGGUGGUAUUGGUAAUGAUAUGGGUAUUGAUGAGUUUCAAGUUCACCGUGACCACUUCUCUUUCCUCGACGAGGGUAGUAAUGCAGACCAGGUGUUUGAUCCGAGGCCUGACUGGGGGAAUCUCUUGAGCCCAACCGCUGGAGGGGGUCUUGACGAUGGUAUUAGUUCACAUUUCCACAGGCGGAGCUAUUCGGUUCCUGGGGUGUGUUUCGGGUCCGGGGCCGUCGACGAAGGCGCCGGCGGCGGCGGUGGUGGGUUUGGCUGGAAACCCUGCUUGUACUUCGCCAAGGGAUUCUGCAAGAAUGGGGGGACUUGCAAGUUUCUUCACGAAGGAGAGAGUGCUGCUGUUUCUGAUGGUGUGGCUGCUCUGGUGGGUUCCCCUGAGAAGCUCAAUGGGUUUGAACAGUGCCAGGACUUUCUCAUGAGAUCCAGGUCUGCUGUUCAUCAGCAGAAGUUAGCUGCUGCUGCUGCUGCCUCGCAGUUCAUGGCUCGUCCUGCUGCUUCGAAUCUUUCGUAUAACGAGUGCAUGAAUUUGCUUCUGCAACAAAGUGAUGCCCAGAGAUCAGCUGCAGCUGCUGCAUUGUUGAUGGGGGAUGAGCUUCACAAGUUCAGCCGGUGCCGGCCGGAGAGGACAAGGAUACUGAACCCAAGUGCCAGACAGAUCUACUUGACGUUUCCAGCUGACAGUACAUUCAGAGAAGAGGAUGUUUCCAAUUACUUCAGCAUUUAUGGGCCAGUGCUAGACGUGAGAAUCCCAUACCAGCAGAAGAGAAUGUUUGGGUUCGUCACAUUCUUGUAUCCAGAGACAGUGAAGCUCAUCUUGGCCAAAGGCAACCCCCACUUUGUCUGUGACUCUCGUGUGCUUGUCAAGCCUUACAAGGAGAAAGGCAAAAUCCCUGAAAAGAAGCAGCAGCAGAUGGAGAGAGGAGAUUUUUCACCCUCAGCUUGUUCAAGCCCACGUUGGCUUGAUUCCAGAGAGCAGUUUGACGUUAAUCUUGGGGCCAGAUUGCUGUACAACACUCAAGAGAUGCUGCUACGAAAGAAAUUAGAGGAACAAACAGAUCUACAGCAGGCCAUUGAACUCCAUGGCAGAAGGCUAGUGAGUCUACAACUUCUCGACCUGAAAAACCACCGUCGUCAGCAUCUCCUUAAUGGUCUAUCCAAUGGGUCUCCAGUUUCAUCCCCAACUGGCUUGGCUCGUAGUUUCAGCCAUCCGGUCCGUGUUGGUAGCAUUGACCAAGAAGGCCUUUCUCCAGCUGAAGAGAAUGGAGGUUGCCUGCAUGAUGAUGAUGAUGGAGCAGUAGCUUCUGUAAAUGCUGUUGCAGGAAGCGUUGAUCGGGAAUUGAAUCCUCCCUGCAGCCAAAGCAAUGGAAAUGGCAAUGAAGAGAAGUACUUCACUGAACAAAAUGGUCUCCAGGAAAGGUAAGACAUUUGGUUUCAAAGCGUUUUCAGAUACGCAAAGGGAAGAUUACCCACAAUGGCCAAUACUAUCAAUUACAUUGUGAUUAAUGAGUUUGAUGUAAGAGAUAAUAAAAGUGAGGAUGAAAUGGCUGGAUUAGAAAAGUUGAAAUGUAACUAUUUUUUGUUUUGAACAUUUUCAGUAAAAAGAUACCAUUAAAAUAUUAUAAAGGGACCAAGAUAGCUCUUCAACUUUUUUGCUUCCUGUUUGGAACAUAUCCACCUCCCAGAUAACCUCUUCAAUUCUCCCAAGAAAGCUGCCGGUGACCAUCUCAAGACUGCUUUCUCUGCAUCUCUUGAAGUUCCUGAGAUUUCCACCACCACCACUACCACUUCUGCUCUCAACAUGACCCCUUUGAAGUCCUGUUUUCCCCAAAUGCCCAGGCUUACCUCUGGUGGGCAUGGAACUAUUGGCAUAUAAAAAGAGCCCCCUACUUAAUAAAGCCUUGAUCUUGGAAUUGACUUCGGUAGGGUAAAACUAUUGGAGAAAAACAGAAAAAAGGGCCAGAUGAUGACUAGAUGAGAGAAUAUACAUUACAAACUCAUCAUCACCAUAGUCAUCGGUUAGCUGUAUAUCCCAAAGAACCAUAUACCCUACAAGAAAGGAAAAACAGAUCUGUAGACAAACAAGGCCUUGGGAGCAAGAUCGCCAUCAUCAAUACAUACUACUUACUACAACAAAAUACAUAAUGGAUACAUUAAAAGUAAGAAAAAGGACAGAGGCAGUACUCUACUAUUUCUACUGAUCAUAUUUGCUCUUUCAGUCUUUUCUUUUUAACUUUUUUUUUACUGUUGGGAAGAGGAUAAUUUCAUAUUCAUAUCAUCAUAUGCGUUUGAGAGAGAGGGUGAGGACUGAGGUCUUGCAUUUUCCAAAUUGCUGUCCUCUUUCUCACUGUGUAACCUAUGUAGGUAAUGAGCUGGACCACACAGCAAUCAUAUAUAUAGCUGAAAGUGUAGAAAAUAAACAAAAAGCGCUGUUGUUGUUGUUAAAUAGUAAACAGUAAUAGAGUUAGUCUAUAAAUGAAUAGAUCUCCCUUUCCCAUUUGUGCAAGUUUUUUGUUCUUACUAUUCAAUAUGAGAAAGUUGAAAUAGUGAUCUCUUUCCUUUCCCAAGUUGUGUUCUUUCUGUUCAUAGAUUGUGUAUUAGAUUAUGAUUAUUAUAUGGGUUUGCAGGAGGCAGAAGUUUUCUUUACUCCUGCUUACAGGUAUGUAGGUGAAUUAGGCUGAAGGGUAAGUGAAAGGAUGGAGUAUGGAGCAGUCAAAAGGGCUGUGUGGGGUAAAGGCUGCCUUCAAUUGAGUCAGGUGAUCUACCAGUAUAGUUAGUAACUUAGUAUGCAUCUGUCACCCAAUUUUUAAGAUCAUGGAGACUGGGUUUGCAGUUUGCAGGCAACAGAGGGGAAAAGGUGAUUGAUUCUGAUGAAUGAUGAGCAGGAAGAAGCUCUACAGAAGUAGAGAUUUCAGUUUUCUUUUUAAUUAAAAUGAAGAGAGAAAAAGAAAGGCAGCUUUUUUUAUUGUAUGUAGAGGGAGGUGGUGGGGGACUCCUUUGUCUCAUAUUGUGGUUUCUUUUUAGGUUGGAGGACAUGAAUGGCUGAGGGCCACAUUGUCACAUGGCCUUCUGACAAAAUUAGCUUUACAUAUCCAUCACUGGUUUUUAUCCUUUUCAACUCACUCACCAGUCACCACUCAAUUUUCUAUCUCCUUCCAACUACAUGAUCCCCACUUUUAACCCCCCCUGCUGGUUCAGAUUUCAUUUGCAAGUCCAUCACUUGGUUGGUUUUGGACAAAACAGUUUGAUUGGGUAAAGAAGAAAAUGAUUUGGGCAAGUUGGAC